CAAGACGGCCAGAAACUGAAAGAAAGGCUGUCUCAAUAUGGCAAGUCAUGGACAAAGGGUGGUGAUUAUUUCCGCAUGGACGGCAAAACAAGUUCUAUUCGAAGAAAAGCAUCUCAAGAUAUGUUUAAUGACCCAGAAAACUUAAGAGCCCGUCUGUUCUUGAUCUCAAAGAAGGCUGGCUUGGGAAUUAAUCUUGUGUCGGCCAAUCGGGUCAUCAUCUUCGAUGCUUCGUGGAACCCCUCCGACGACAUUCAGUCAAUAUUCCGUGCGUAUAGAUUUGGCCAAGUCAAGCCAGUGUAUGUGUACAGAUUUCUAGCACAGGGAACAAUGGAAGAGAAGAUAUACAAGCGGCAGGUCACGAAGCAGUCGCUGUCGCAGAGAGUCGUGGAUGAGCACCAGAUAGAGCGUCACUUCACGGCGGCCGACCUUCAGGAGCUCUACCGCUUCACACCUGACCGGCUGGAUGAUCCCAACAGGAAGGAGCGACCUAUGCCCAUCUUGCCAAAGGAUCACAUGUUGGCUGAGAUAAGUACAACAAACAAAGAGUGGAUCGUUACAUUCCACGAGCAUGAUUCUCUUCUGGAAAAUGUCGAGGAACAGAAACUGACGGAGGAUGAAAAGAAGGCAGCGUGGGAAGACUAUGAGAACGAAAAGAAGGGAAUCAACAUGAACAGAUAUUAGUCGCAGCCAUCAGAUGACACAAAAGAACAUGGGAGCAUCAACAGUAGAAGUCAAGGGCAAAAGUCUCCUCAGCAGAAAAACAGUGACACUACCAAUGGUUUCGAUACAGAAAAUUCAGACAUAUACUUAACAUUAGGAAACUCUCAAAAAAACAUUGAUCUUGUGGAAACAUGUGAUGCUCAACGGGUCGAAAAAGACAUCAUUAUGACAACAGAACUGGAAAAUCAAACAGAUAAAACAAACAAAGUAAGCACUUCCGUUGUUUACGAAACGCAAAUGAAAGACAAUGUUAUUAGUUUAAGUGAAAAUGCAAAUAUUACAGCUGUUAAUGAAUUAAGUAAAUACCUUGACAAAACUGGUAAUCAUGCAGAGGAACAUGCUGAAGGUCCAACUAAAAGUGAUGCCAAAGUGAAGCAAAAGCUGGAAACUGAUGAUGAUCUUAUUGAAAUUGUUGACUUAACUGGUGAUGAUUUUGAACCAGAUAAAGAAACCUUAACACAGGUAAGCAAAGGUUGUUAGGUGGGAGAUCCAUUUCGGCAAAGUCGAGGUCGCCCUACUGCUUCCAAAGUGUCCACUUGAUUCCGUUAUGCUUCUACGUAACCACCAACAAGUAAACAUCCUCACUCAGCCAAUCUUUUGACAUUCUCCACCAAGUGUACAGCUAGGAUUAUUCCCCGUUUGUACUAAAAGAUUUCGUCUAAGUUUGCUUGCAACAACACCAUAUCAGCUACAUAUAUGUGAAUUCAAUAGUAUAUGAACAUGAUUUUACAUGGUUAAGAUUUUAAAAUAACAAUUUAAUUAUACAUGGUUAAAUAUUAAGUCAGAAUACAUUAUGAAAAAAUAGUAUUGGAGUUAACCAUUCAUUUGGAGGACGCAGGUGGGAUGGAGGCAGUUUCUUGGCAGCUGUAUAUGCUCACAAUGAAGAUGAUCGAAUAAGUUUUAUUAUCAGUGAAAUAAUGAUUAUUGAAAGUGCCGAAGAAUAUAAAUAAAACAAAGUUUGCAUUUAUUUCACUACGAUAAAUCUUAUUUACAGCUGACACUUGUCAGCGCCCACAGUAGUCCGCUCCAACUGCACUAUCCUAAGCAUCUGCUUGCAUAUAGAUAUACAAGUAAUACUUUUAACUUGAUGUAAUAAUUGAAGAAAAUGUGAGGCCAUAUUUAAAAAUCACCUUUAUUGGCAUACUCAAUUGUACCUGUUCAUAUAUUGAAACAUUGAGAUAUUCCAAAUAUAUAAUAAUUCUGUUUAUUUUAUGCUUUAAUGUGUUAUUUAGUUUUAAUGAUUAAAGCUGUGAAUAUAUUUAAUAAAAUGCUAUAAGAAAAUUGCAAAAAAACUUUUUCUUUUUUAAAGUGAAUUAACCUUGUGUUUGUUGUAUGUCAGUGUACAAGUUGUUAUACAUUAAAGUGACAGUUCACUGAAUAGAUCGUUGUUUUGCAUCUAAUACGUACAUCGAGAAAUAAACUUUACAUAAAUUCAUUGAAAUAUAUUUUUAUCGAGGUUGACAUCGAAAACCUGGUUAAAAUCGGUUUUGAAUCGAUAAAAUAAUAUAUAAAUGAUCAUAAAUACAUGCAAUAGGCGAAAAUCAUUGCAGCGUCGCGAGUUAUGCAAAUUAUAUCUUUAUUUAGCUUUCGCUAAACAUAAUUAGCAUAUGGAAGAUAAAUACAUAGAUUUAGCAAAAACGUAGUGUUGCUACUCAGUUUCCGUCUGUAACAGAUGUAUUUGCAUUUGUUCUUACCUUCUCUCCGCUAAAUUCGCCCGUAUCCGCAAUUUUGUUUGUUUAGGUUUAAAUUAACAUGUCGACUCAUGAAUAUUAAUUAGGUCGUUUUCGUACUUUACCGUACUCGACCCCAAAAUAAAAAUCGCUAUAUUGUUUGUUUUCAACCGAUUUCAACCGGAUUUUCAGUGAUAUUCUCAAUAAAAACACGUUUACUUACGAUUCUGCCCAUAUAUAUAUUCCGCGAACUGUCACUUCAAAACGUGCUUAUGAUCGUAAAUUUUGCCUUAAUGUUAAGUACUUAAAUAUUUUGUAGACAAAAAUGACCAUAGAAAAGUAAAGAAGAUCGAAAUUGUUAAUAAAUGCACAAAUAAAAAGAAAUAGCGAACCUGGAUAGCGGUUCUAAAACCAUUGUCUAAUCAAGAGCCAAACUAUUACAAAUUGAAUUAUCAAUUAAUGAUUGAAUGCAUACAUUCUUCCAGGUAAAAUUCAUGCAUGUAACGUGUAUAAAUUAUAUGUCAUUAAUCAUAGCGAUUUAAAAUUAACAUGUUAUGGUGAAGUUUCCUCUUAACGUCUUUUCCAUAGAUGUAUGAUAAUUUAAUCUGUGCAAGUUUCUGCUGUCAAUGCAUAUAGUGUAUUGAAUUAUUACUUACAAUUGUUAAUAAUAGACUUGUUUAUUUACGCUUGGUUACAUCUAAAGUCUUUUACUUAUAACGACACUUUCGAGUCCGAUUCCUGAUUAGAAUCAUUACUAAGGGCCUUUGAGAACGAUUUCGAGAAUGUUUGGCAGACAUCCUAUAUCCACCACGCUCAUGCGACUAUCUUAACUAAGUUUUAUCUUAUACUGUUGUAGCUUUAUUUCCUGUUUGAUUUGUGAUAUUUUUUUCUAAAAUAUGUUAGAUCUAUGUUUUAUUUACAAAAAACAUCUUUGUACAAUACAAGGGCAAUUUACUCUCCCAUAUACAUUAACGAUGGAUAUACUAGAAACACCAAGGACGUCUGUCUGUCUGUUUGUAGACGAACAUGUGUCCAUAGAAGUUCUCCUCAACUUGUAAAUGUACAGCAUUCAAACGUUCCGUUAUUGUUCCUUUUAUUAUGAAGUUGUGCAUGUGCGAUUAUAUUCAUCCUUUGUUAAAAAUUACAAAAGCAAUGCCCCUCUUUUAAGAAAUAUUUUUUUCUUUUUAUAAUAGAAAUUAGCAUUUUUAUAAUAGAAAUUAGCAAACAACACAUCCACAACACAAGGUUCAGAUAUGGUAUGAAAAAGGUUUUGUCGCCCUUUACUAAGUUUCAUUUAAUCAUGACCUUGGUUCAAAACUGGCCGCACCCAGGGGGUCAAAUACUCGAUAUACACUUAUAUAGCAAAGUAACUUGUCAAAAUCUCUUUCUCUGAACCACAGAGUAGUUUUUAAAUAAACUUAUAUUUUGAAAUGUUGUGUUUUACGUAAUGUUCUCUUGAUAUGCAAUUAAAUUGAUAGAAUGUAUUGAUUGUGCCAUUUCUCUCUGGUGAUAAUAAUAAUACAUAUAUAUUUUAUAUUGUUUUGAAUGUUAGUUUUUAAAUAAACUUAUAUUUUGAAAUGUUA